AUGAAGGUUAUGCUUGUUGCUUGUGAGUCCUGUCGUCAGCGAAAGAGGAAAUGCGACCGAGCAUACCCCUCCUGCGCGCUGUGUCACAAGACUGGCCGCAAGUGUUUCUAUGCCAUCUAUCGGGUCACUGACUCGAUCCACGAGAAACAAAAGCUCAAUGCACCUGUCGCGGUUGAGUACUGCAAGGAGAACCUAAGAGAUAUCAGCCCGGAUUCGUGUGAAGCCUUGUCGCGAGACCAACUGUCUUUGUCCUGGGCCAUGCAGGCUCCGACCGUCCCGGAAUCGUAUCCUAUCGCCUACCGCUGGUACAUGCCCAAGUUGAUCAAACACUUUCAUAACGGACUUGGUGUUGCCCAGAUCCCAAUCACCGCCAAAUGUAGUGCUUACAAGCUGCAGACUGUUUGGCUUAGGAGCGCCAUGGAAGAUCCCUGCCUGUUUCAUGCCACGCUCUUCGCCGGCUCUUCACACUUUGAUAUCUGUCGGGGACAGAAGCAAAGCAUGAUCACCCUUUACCACUAUAAUGAGCUGAUCAAGCUGGUCAAAAGGCGUCUUGCAGACCCGGCGACCGCGUUGGACGAUCGCACGAUCGCUUCCAUUACCCCACUGGCACUAUUUGCUAAUCUUGGUGGUGAUCGAGCUUCAGCUGAAGUACAUCGAGCUGGUCUGGAAAACAUGGUUUUACUACGGGGCGGGAUGCACAACCUGGGCUUGGACGGUCUAAUCUCAUCACUCAUCCACAUGAACCGAAUCGUGUCGAAUAUCGUCUUUGAUUUGGGGUUGAGCACCGGACCUCAGUUUCAGCUGAUGCCCCCACUCAGCCUCGAAGAACGGAUCCUCAACAUGCCUACGAGACCACCAGGACCCGACACCUUCGUUGGCUCGAUCAAGGCCCUCUUCCAACAUGUUCACCAGACAAAGCUCUAUCUAAUGGCUCUCCUCCCAACAGACCACCAGGGCCAAGACAUGCCAGCGACUCGCACGAUGCCACCUCCUACCACUGAGGACCCUAUCUACCAGUGCUGUUAUCUCGCUUGCAAGAUUUUCCAGACGAUCGUCGAUGGCGGGGCUAACGGGUGCAGUUUUGUUGAGUACCUCGACGCAUUGGCGAGGAACCUGCGAGACGCGCUAGCCUUGACGGACGAGGAGGUCUGGCUGCGGUAUUUUCCCGUGCCUCACACCUGGGCCUGCAUCACUGGCGCCGCCGCGUCCAGCGACUCUCAAAUCCGGACGUGGUUCUACUUCCGGCAGGCAUCCACAGCACGAAUCCUCAACAUCGACGGGGACUACACCUUCCUGGAUGAUCUGUCUUCGCACUUCGACUGGCUUCGAAGCCUGCGACGGGGAGCCCUGCAACUCGAUGAUGAGAAAGCGGUCUAAUUAGGGGUCUCAUGGACCAAGUCUAAUUUUCUUCAGCUCGUCGGCACCCCACCCCACUUGCAAUCCUUCUGCCCAACGGAGGGCUUUAUUUUUGCAGCCCGUUGUGAUCCUUGAUCCUUUUCUUCGGCCCUGCCGAACCGUCCAGAGACAUG